GUAAGCCUAAAUAUAGUCAUGUGUGAUCUUGUUUGAUUUGUCUUAACAUAUAGAUUAUUAAUAUAUAAUUUCUAUAAUUUUUUAAUAUACAAAUUACAAGAUAAAAUGGAUUAAAGAAGUGCAUUGAAUGACAAUUAUCGUCUGUGUUUGUCUGUGUAAAGCAUGGAUGCACCCAUGGUAGCACCUGAUGGGUAUAUUCCUAUACCCGACCCGGACAACCAAAAGGGACAGAGGUUGAGGCGGAAGAUUAAGCUGGACGUGGAGAAAUUCACAGGAAAGGAGGAUCCAAACGUCCACCUUGACACCUUCCACAAUGCAGCACAGAUGGCCGGGUGCACUGAUGCUGAGGAGUGCUUGCUCUUCUUCUCAUCGUUGAGAGGGAGGCCAGUGGAAUGGUUUAACGGCCUUCCCCAUGGCAGGAUUGGGUCCUUUGAGAAACUUGCUGAAGUUUUCCGCAAGAAGUACCAGGACAACUGCAUCAAGAGGAAGAAAUUUACCUACCUUAACACGGUAGGGCAAAGGGAGAAGGAGACCUUGACUCAAUUCUUAACCCGCUGGAGGGACGAGGUUGACAAGGUAGAAGAGAUGGACGAUAAGAUGGCCAUGUCUUUGUUGAUGAAUGCCUUCCGGUCAGGUGACCUCUACACUGAAUUCUGUAGGAGGCCGCCCUCCUCUUAUCAGGAAGCCUACAAUACGGCAUGGGAAUAUGCCGAGGCAGAAGUGCUGAACAAGAAUAAGCGGGAGCUGGAAGAAGGCUACACAAAGUCGAAAUCCGACAAGCCAAAGAAGGAUGAGCAGACAGGAGGGUUCAAACUAAAGGCCACAUAUGACGGAUCCAUCCACCAAAUAAGGGAUGAUAAGAAGGGAGAGCAACCCAAGAGACAAUGGACGGAGAAGUGGUGCACAUACCACCAAUCCGAUUCCCACAACACGGCGGAUUGCCGAAAUGUCAAGGUUGUGCUCAAGGAGAUGGCCUUGAAAGGAGAGCUUGGGGAAGGUUACGCGACGGGUAAUAAGAAAGACCCGAAAGCGAACACCUGGACCCGUCAUCAGGGAAAAGACCAGGGAAGGAGAAAAUCCGGGAAGGAUAACAACAAUCCGGAUAAAGAAUUUAUACAGAUGAUUGUCGGGGAAGGCGGGGAUACUGCCUCCCAGCGGAAGAACUGGGCCAGGAGUUUGCAUGUGGCGGUGGUUUCCCUAGAGGUCCUGGUUGACACAAGAAGCAGCGUCAAUGUUCUAUACUUGGAUGCUUUCAAGAAAUUGAAGCUGGACAGGUCCAUGUUGAGACCGUUGCAAACUCCAUUGUCAGGCUUCACUGGAGCUAGCAUAGAAGCGGAAGGUCAGAUCACCUUACCAGUUACCUUGGGGUCGGGUAACAGGACAGUGACCAAACAAAUGAGAUUUGUUGUGGUCGACAUCAAGUGUGUGCAUAAUGCCAUUCCGGGUAGGCCUCGGAUCAACCAGGUCAGGGCUAUUAUUUCCAUGGCACACUUAUGCAUGAAGUUUUACACUCCCAAUGGAAUCGGGGAGGAAAGGGGUGAUCAAAAGAACGCCUGGUCCUGCUACCUGGAAGCAGUCAAGAAGAUGACCCGCCAGUUCGAACAAAUUGAAUUGGUCUCCCAGCAGGUAGACAAGGGUGAAGAGAAGGCUAGGAUCGAGCCGGAUGCAAACACGGAGGAGAUCCAGAUUGAUGCCUCCAAUCCAGAGAGAAAGGUCAAAAUUGGGGCUGACCUUGAGGAAGAGCUAAGGACUGAGAUUGUCCAGUCAUUUGCCAUCGUCUCUCUGUUCUUGAGGGGUCUAGGCCUGUAAGACAGAAGAAGAGAUUUUUGGCAAGUGAUAGGAGGGACUUUGUGAAGAAAGAGGUCAAGGACCUACUUGAGGUAGGUC